AUGCCCAACCAAGGUCCAGUGUCCGGCUGGACGGAGUGCAGUUCUUCCGCAGAGCCGCCCGCGGUGGCCAGGGCCGAGGGUGGCGGCGGCGGAUCAGCUGGACAUUCUUAUUACCAGAAUUCCAAAGGUACUGACAGAAUCAAAGAUGGACACAAAGUGAACUCACCUAGAGCCAAGCUGCAAGAGUUAUGGAAAAUGCCUCUAACAAUUCACACCUCUAAGUCAAAGCCAGAGCCUUUCUUUCUAAAGCAUCCAGACCUCACCUCAGUCGAGAAGCGCUACCUGUGUAGCAUUGCUAAGAUCUAUAACGCAAGCUAUCUGAAGACUUUAAUGAAGAGGCACUACAUGCAUGUGAUCCAGCGCAGCUCCCAAAAGCCAGGUGUCCUCACUCAUCACAGGGGCCACCUCAGUUCUCGUUCCUCACAGAAGCAGCAUUACCCCUGCACUACAUGGCGACACCAGCUGGAGAGAGAGGACUUGGGACCUUCUAACAUUGCAGCUGCAUCUGCACCUGAGAUGAUACAACAUUCGCUUUGGCGACCAGUGAGAAGCAAAGAAGGUUUAAAAACUGGAUAUGCAUCUAAAACAAGAUGUAAAUCAUUGAAGAUUUUUAGAAAACCAGGCAGACUGUUCAUAAAAUCAGUUUCUACAAAUGAUUCUGAAUCAUACAUGAAUGAAGAAAAAAAGGAAGAAGAUUUACUAAAUAAGUGUAUGCAAUCAAUGUCAAUUGAAGAACAGGGAGAACAUCUGAUGUUAACUUGACAACCUGAGUAUUGAUGAUUUGCCAAAGGUGGGGGAAGCGAUUGUGAAUUGUGUCCUCGCUCUACAUUUAGGGCAGUAUUGUUAUUCAAGUAAUUUUAGCUUGUUCAGAAAC